UGUGAAGCGAGCUAUUAUGUGAAUGUUCCGUAUAAGGAGACCAACUGACAGCUAAAAUUAAUGAAAGGAAACUGCUAUAAUCGCGUGUACCUGAUCGUCCACAGUGACAAUAGCGGGAUCACCUUCAUGUCUCUACAUGUUAGAUCCAUUCGGCUUUGCCAGUGCAAUGAUAGGCUCUUUCGCAAGAGUACAUUGGCUAUUAAUCUCUCAAAAAUAACAACACUGGCAUUGUUUAGUGAAACCGUCAAAGGUACAAGUUCUCCAACAACUCGUUGAAUCGCUUGUACAUAUAAAAGUUAACACGAUUCUUAAUUGAAGUUUUGCGAUGCCCUGGACUUUAAAUAGAGUAAUACAGGGAAUUAUUAUUUGCCCUGCAAAUAUCUAAAGGGUAUUGUAUACAUAACUCACGCGAUCAACUGUGUCUAUUGAACAAUCGACAAACUAAUAGAACGGUACAUAUUCACGUGAAAUUGAUCUUUGAAUCAACUACUGUGCUAGCGUCCAUGAUUUAUUGAGACUGCAGAAGAAGGAACAAAAGGCCAUGGCACAUAUUCAAGCCUCUGUCGUAAUAACCUUACUGAUCUGGGCCGCAGUCAGCGUCUCUGGAACUACUACAGAACUUUCCACGACGGCCGGUGACACUGUCAACAUAGCAUGUCUCUUCGGAGAAGGCACGGUAAUUAAUAUCUACUGGUACUACAACAACGGUACUGGGCGUCAGAAGCUUUUGUUCCUUGCCAAGGGGAACAUAACAUUAGGAGCAGAAUAUGCAAAUCGAGCAAGUUUGCAAGACGACAAUUCGACGCUCAUCUUGGAAAAUAUAACCGUCGUCGAUGUGGGAACCUAUUGCUGUGUCGUGGACCGGAAAGGACAAAUUCCAGUGCAAAACAUCAACACCAAGCUCAAUGUGUUCAGUCUUCGCCCUGAUACGCUCCCGGUGAUCCCUUCUUGCACCGGAGCUGACGAGUCUUCAUCCUGCAGCAUUCAUGCCAACCAAUCCUUCACCCUUAACUGCACACUCCCAAACGUUUAUCCUGUUGAAGAUACCGAACUCAUUUGGUAUCAUGAUAGAAAACAUUUCCCAUCUAUUCCUGAAGUAACGCAGAAUGAUGACGGGACCACUGAUAUCAUUCGACAUAUUAAGAUAUAUGAAACAGGAAACUUUACCUGUAACGCCACAUAUCUUUCGGCUAAUGGAAGAGAGAACACAGCCGUAUCAGUUGAAGCACGGAUCAUCAUCAUACCGGCCAUCAUACCACCCACGGAUGAACCAAACACACCGGAUAAGAAUUUGACGGAUGGUCCAAUCGUCGGAAUAGCAUUAAGCGUUGCCACAGUGCUGAUUGUAGGCAUUCUCCUGUGCAUCUAUUGUUUGAAAACACGAAGUCACUGCUGCUCCAAAAGAGAUGGACAAAACAGCAAGGUGGUCCAAGCCGAUCCAGGUAUGUAUACUACGUUACUUUAA